AUGAAAUCGUGCUCAUUAUGUCGCCCAAGUCCCAAGUUUGACCUAUCCAAUCCAUUUCGCAUGCAAUCUGUAUCCAAAACUUCCAGUCAAUAUAUUGCCAGAGGCGCGCGCCUGUUACAUCAAGCGAGUUUCGCAGCGAUGAAAGACUCGCCAUUGGAAUCCUUGAAGAUACAAGCUGGUCGCCUUAACCAAACUAUUUUAGACAGCUGCUCACAAUUUGGGUCUGCAAUUCGCUGGGGCCAACAACCCCACGAGUUUGGAAUGAAGCGGUUGGCCGGUACCAAAGAAGAUGGUGCAGUAAGAGACUGGUUUGUGCAAGAAUGCAAAACGCUAGGCUGCUCUAUCAAGGUAGACCAGAUUGGAAACAUCUUUGCUACAUUCCCAGGGAGGUUAGGCGGUAAACCCACUGCCAUGGGUUCACACCUCGAUACCCAACCAGAGGCCGGGAAAUACGAUGGGAUAUUGGGUGUCCUUGCCGGUUUGGAGGUUCUGAGAACUUUCAAGGACAAUAACUACGUUCCUAACUACGAUAUGUGUGUGAUUGUUUGGUUCAACGAGGAAGGUGCCCGUUACGCCCAUUCUUGCAUGGGUUCCACCGUCUGGGCGCGCAACAUGGAGCUGCAAGAAGCAUAUGGUAUGACCUCUAUCAACGAAGAAAAGCCUGAAAGUGUUUACGAUGCACUCAAGAAUAUUGGCUACCUGGGGGACGUUCCUGCCUCUUACAAAGAGCAGGAACUUGAUGCUCACUUCGAAUUACAUAUUGAACAAGGUCCGGUGUUGGAGGACGAAAACAAGAAAAUUGGGAUUGUUACAGGCGUACAGGCGUACCACUGGGAGAAAAUAACGGUUCAUGGCGUCAGUUCUCAUGCGGGAACUACACCUUGGAGAUUGCGCAAAGACGCUCUGCUAAUUGCGUCGCAGAUGAUCAACACGGCCGCUGAAGUUGCGAAGCGUCACGGUGGACUGUUCACAUGUGGGGUUAUCGAUGUAAAGCCAUACUCGAUUAAUAUAGUGCCUUCGGAAGCCGUUUUUACCAUAGAUUUUAGGCAUCCUCUCGAUGAUAAAAUGGCGGAAAUGAUAAAGGAGACCAAGCUUGAAUUCCAAAAGCUGAUGAAAACCAGCCAUGCUACUUACGAAGAUGAGGUUCUGUUAACCUCAAAAGCUGUUAAAUUUCAAGAUGUCUGCGUUGAGUGCGUUACCGAAUCCGCACUGGCCCAAUUUGAUAAAAACGACGUCAGAGAAAUCUAUUCGGGAGCAGGCCACGAUUCGUGCCAGACCUCCAGUCGUGUACCAACCUCUAUGAUAUUUAUCCCAUCCAAAGAUGGUUUGUCCCACAAUUACUACGAAUAUUCGUCCCCUGAAGAAAUUGAAAAUGGCUUUAAAGUUUUAUUGCAGGCAGUCAUCAACUAUGACAAAUACAGGGCUGUAAGAGGCCACUAG